AUGGAAGGUGAGGAAGGAGGUGGUUUGAGGCUGAGCAAGAGAUUCGAUGACAAGGGUGGAGGAGAGGUUGAUUAUAAGACCAAAUCCGGAACUGCGUGGAGCCACAAUUUCCUCAACCAAAAACCAUGGCAUCCUCUCUCUUACCCCAACCAGCGCCGCAAGUGGAUUGCUGAACAGACCCAUGCCCAUCGUGAACGCCGAACUGAAGAGGUUGCUCGUGAGUAUGCUCAGGAGCAAGAGUUUUAUCGCCAGACAGCUCUCAUUUCCAAGAAGGACAAGGAAAAGGUGGAGCUCAUGCAAGCUGUUAGCUUUAUGUAUGUUCGUCCUCCUGGUUACAAUCCCGAAAGUGCCAAGGCUGCGGAGAUGAAUGAUGAAAAGAAAAAAGAAGAUAUGGUGAAUAAGGAGCCUACACAAACCAAUCCUGAUGGACCCUCCUCUUCAUUGCCAUCACAUGUAGAGAAGAAAAAACCGAGGCCAAAAGAUGUUUUUGGCCGUGCUCUACCAACUGAAGAAGAAUUUGAAGUUCUUAAAAAUGCACCAAGGCUGGAUACAGGAGUUGCUGCAAGGGCAAAACCUUUCGGAGUUGAAAUUCGCAAUGUUAAAUGUUUAAGAUGCGGGAGCUAUGGUCACCAAAGUGGUGAUCGUGAAUGUCCCUUGAAGGAGGCUAUAAUGCCAAAUGAGGAAAGCAGACUGAAAAGAGAUGACCCUUUGAAUGCCAUUCUUGCCCAUACAGAUCUUUCUGAGCCUCUAAAAUGGGAGCUCAAGCAGAAGCCAGGAAUCAGUCCCCCUCGUGGAGGGUUUAAACCAGAUGAUCCCAACCAGCAGAUAGUUGCUGAGGAUGAGGACAUUUUUGAUGAAUAUGGAGGUUUUCUCAAUAUGGGUGAUAUCCCUGAUUUAUUAUUGACCAACUUAUCUAAAAAACCAAAGAAGUCCAAAAAGAAAAAACACAAAAAGCUGAAGCUAGUGCAUUCAGAUAGUGAAGCAUCUUCUGAUGACGGAGAGAGUAGAUCUAAGAAAAAAAAAGUUAAGGAAAACAAAAAGAAGCGAGAUUAUAAAGAGUCAAGUUCAUCAGGCUCUUCUGCCUCUGAAAAAGACCAUGGAAAGAACAGACACAAGCAUUUAGAUGAUUCUGACAGUGACAGAAAUGAUCGAAGUAGAAGGACUAAACGACGAGAACAUUCACUUUCACCCGGAGGUUAUGACUGUUCUAGGCCCGGUAGGAGGAAACAUGGCAAGCGAAGGCAUUCCUUUUCGUCCGAGUCUGGCUCUGAUGGUUAUGAUGGAAAUUAUAAGAAUAGGGAUAAGCAUUCGUAUUCAUCUGAAGAUUCUGACAGUGAAAGAGAUGAUCGGGGUAGAAAGAAUAUACAAAAGCACCAGAGGAAACAUAGCAGAAAAAGACAUUCUUAUUCUGAUGAGAAGGAUUCUGGUCCUGCGGAUUAUCAUGUAAAACACAAGGGUAGCGAUGAGCAUUCUUAUAAACCAGAUGAUCAUAAUCAUCAACGACAACCAGAGGAUAAAAGGAGAAACCACAAGUACUCAUCAACAAUCCAUUCCGAUUCUCAGAGGCAUCACGUAAGUUUUAGUCAUGAUCGGUACCGUGGUGGAAGUCAGAAGAGUAGGAUUGAUCAUUCUUGUUCUUCCAAUGGUUCUGGUGUUGAAAAGAGCAGAGCUGAGCCUUAUUCUUCCCAUGAAUCUGAUGUUGAAAAGGAUGGUCGAAGUACAAGGAUCAAAGAAAAACAUGGAAGUCAAAAGAGCAGAGCCAACCAUUCUUAUUCUUCCAAUGAUUCUGACGUUGAAAAAGAUGGUCGAAGUAGAAGGGUCAAAGAAAAACACAGAAGUCAGAAGAGCAGAGCCGAACAUUCUUAUUCUUCCGAUGUUGAAAAAGAUGGUCGAAGUAGAAAGAUGAAAGAAAAACAUAGAAGUCAGAAGAGCAGAGCCGGACAUUCUUAUUCUUCCGAUGAUUUUGAUGUUGAAAAGGAUGGUCGAAGUAGAAGGAUCAAAGAAAAACAUCACGGUACACAUGAGGGUUCUGAACAUCCUGAGCAUGAUAUGAGCAAACAGAGCAGCAAAAAGCAUUCAUAUCAUAGAAGUGAAAAGAGUUCUGAUUAUUAUGAAAAACUUCAUAACCGAAGAAGAAGCAGCCACAAGCAUUGA